AUGCAAUCGUUAAUAUCAUCGUCAUCAUGUGGUGUUGAUCUUCGAGUAAACAAAACAGGCUCUUAUCGAUUACUCAUACUGAUCAAAUUAAUUCUUUUUCCAUUAUUUGACUUAAUGCGUGUGGUCAGCGGCACAUUUCGUCGCUCGUCGACUGAAAACGACUAUCAAAGUAAUCAAACAACAGUGGUUAAUUCUUUGGUCUUAGUAGUUUCUGUAUCUGUAAAUGAUUAUUUUGCUGUUAUCAAUUGUUCCACGCCCGAGCGUGUUCCUCACCAUAAACUUGACUGGUAUUUCCAAAGUCGAGACGCUUCGCGGCCACCGCGCGUCAUUUGGCAACGUGGCCGCUCAAAUAUUCAUCGUUAUAUAGCGUAUUCGCCCGAUCAAUUUCGACACUUUCUACAGAUUAAACCUGUUCAUUACAACGACAGUGGAACUUACAUGUGCCUCGAUCAAACAAGUGGCUUUUAUGCAGGUGUCGAUCUAUUUAUUCAUGACAAUCAUAAUUCCGCAAAGAGAAUUCUCAGUUUGCCAAUAACAUCGUUCAUGUGUCUCGCCUUACUGGUCUUCUUCUCCGAACGAUAUUCUACAAGCGUGAGUCAAGUGACAUAA